UGGAUAGGAAAAAGAUACUUCAAGAUGAACAAAGUGGAUUACAUGGAGGUCACUGUACCUAACUACUCGUAUGUCUUCAACUUUGAAGAAACAUUCAUUCAUAUGGAUACUAAGAUAUGGAUGACAAAGAACUGGACAAAUUGUUUCUAUUAUUGUGGCAUUUAUAUGAUCCUCAUUUUUGGAGGACAACAUUACAUGUCAAAUAGACCAAAGUUUGAACUAAGAGGCAUGCUUGCAUUAUGGAACACGCUGCUCGCAACAUUUUCCAUUAUUGGAUUUACUAGGACAGCACCAGAAUUGAUUCACGUAUUAAGGCAUUAUGGGUUUUACCAUAGUGUUUGUAUACCUAGUUUUAUUGAACAAGACUGCGUGUCUGGUUUCUGGACAUGGAUGUUUGUUCUGUCGAAGCUUCCAGAGCUUGGUGACACAAUCUUCAUUGUGUUGCGGAAACAGCCAUUGAUCUUUCUACAUUGGUACCAUCAUAUAACGGUCCUUCUUUACUCAUGGUUCUCUUAUUCAGAAUAUACAGCAUCAGCCAGAUGGUUUGUUGUAAUGAACUACUUUGUUCAUUCCAUAAUGUAUACUUAUUACGCUUUGAAAGCAAUGCGAUAUAGACCGCCAAAGGGGAUCGCCAUGCUGAUCACUACAUUACAGUUAGCACAAAUGGUUAUUGGUUGCAUUAUAAAUAUUUCGGCUCACCAAUACCUAGAAAGUGGCCAAAUUGAUUGCCACAUUACGCGCGUCAACGUCAAACUUAGUCUGCUUAUGUACUUCAGCUAUUUUGUUCUCUUUGCUAAAUUCUUCCAAAAGAGUUAUCUAUCUAAAUCUAAUAACAAAGUAGGAAAGAAGGUUUACGCCAAUGGAACAGAAGAUUAUUAUCUAUAAUAAAAACACUUCUGUCUAAAUUCCUGGCGCAACAGACACAAGCAGAUUGUAAUUCAUUGGAUAAAUCUAAAGAUUUUAAAUUUAAUUUAAAAGAAGACGAGAAAAAGAUAGCGACGGACUUUUUUCCACGUAAUUUUGUCUAUCCAAUAAUCCAUGCAAAGUACUACCGAGUCCAUCAAGCUCUGAAGUAACAACUCUUGCAAGAUUUCAGAAAUUUGAAGUACACGUUAAAUAUAAAGUUUGUCGUAGAAAGUAUUAACAGCACAAGGUGCUAGAAAUAUUCUUAUCAUUCUAUUUAUACUUCUAAUAUGUAAAACUACCAAGUUUUUUUUUGUUCUUUUUAGAAAUUUUUACUUCCAAAUGUGUUUGUUUCUGAGAGUUUGAUUGUGUGAUGCUUUUCUCUGCAAUCUUCAAUAUUACCAAUUACUUAUUAUGGACUGGUGCUUAAACAAAAGAACAUUUUGAAAUAACCUUUACGUAUUUAGCUAAUACGUAUUUAGAUACACACUUGUUUAAGUCCUCGACUAAAAGCUAAGUAUGUAAUUCGUACACAGAAUAGAUAAAUAGAUACUUUUUGUAGGGAUGGUUGUUCUUUGAAAGAUGAACUGUCCGAUUCUAGUCGCAUGGUCAGAAUGAGAACACUUGUUAGCUGGAAUGGAAAUUAAAUUAGCAAAUUAAAGUUUUCAAAACCGGAAUAAUUCAUGCCGCUGAUCGACGCGCACUUUCAUAAUCGACGUUUUUUUUUUUUUUUUUUUUAAUGCCUUCCUUUUUUAAAAUUUUUGUAUAACAUCCGACUGGAUACAACGUUUUGUUCUUUCUCCAAUUGACCAUUUCCUUUUUAAUUAUCUUCCAACUCGCACAAAUAUGCACCAAUGAAAAAUUCGAAAUCUUUGCUUUGACUGAGGUACACAUUGAUCGUUUGUAUGUAAAUCGUAUUUCAUUUAUUAAUUUAAUCUAGAUACAAUUUUAAUAAAUAUUUAUAAUUCAUGCGAAUAAUAUUAUUCCAGUUUAUGCAUGUCCUCUCUCUUUCUCUCUCCCCCUCUCCCUUUUUUGUUUUGUUUUGUUUUUGCUAUUCGAUUGAGAAAAUAUCAUUAAGGGAUCAUGAGGAUCAGUCCAACGAAUGACAAUAUUUGAUUUAACAUAUUGACGCAAGUGAUGGCCAUCGCCGUGUCGUGUAUGUAUUUUUGCUAGAAUGGUAAAUCGUGUACACAUUUUUGGCAACAGGCAAUGAUUUUGUAUUUAAAAAGAAACAUUUCGAAAUUCUUGCCUUAUUUUCAGAAAUGUCAUUUCCACGAGAUAGCACACCGUCUGAAAGUAACCUCUUUAGAAAUGAAAAUAUGCGUCAAUGGGUAAACAGUAAAUAUUGCCGGAACAUUCCUGCGUUCGAUCUGAAUUCUCUAAUAGCCCUUGCCUGUUUAUUUAUUUCAUACAGAUAAUGUCAACACAAUAAUGAUAAUACUGGUCGAAAGGUGCGUGUUUCAUUUUGGUCGAUAGAAAUAAUUUCAUCACUCGUGUUAAUGUUUGUAUGCAAGUUAUGUCAUAACGCAAGAACGAAUAAAAAUACAUACCUACGCAAAUUAGUUUGUAAAAAGAGUGUUUGCAAUAAUUUGAAAUUUUAAUCAAUCGUAAGAACAUACGUUCUCUAGGACUUGCAAUAUGUAACACGAUUGACGUUAAAUUGACGUAUCUAUGAGAAAUAUCUUGCCAAUCCGUGUGUAAUGUUAUUUUCAUUCACGUGCAAGGCAUACGUGGCUCAAGUUGAUAUUAUUACACAUUUACGAAAUUUGUUGCAACGAAAUUAUUGCAAAUACUUGCGUUCGAAAAAAUUUUACUAAAUAUCGAUUAAUUGCAACUGAUCGCUGCUUGUUUGUCGUGUCGAUGCUACGUUAUAUUCGAUUGAUUAUUAAUUAAGAUUAAAUUAGUUAAUUGAACACUGCUUCUACUCACUGAUAUUGAUGGCAAAUAAUUCGGGUUGAUUCUAAAGCCGACUUUUUCAAAGAUUUUCCAUAGAGGAACUAUGGAAUUAUAGAAAAGAACCAGAAUAAACAAAAGCCUCGAAUAUUUAUACAGAUGAUAUUAAAAAUUAAGCGCUACAUUUAUUAUGUCACAGAAACACUCGUAAUAACUAUUGAGCUAUCGCCGUUCAAUGGCGGUACUACGUAUGUAUGUAUGCAUGUAUGUGUGUGUGUAUGUAUGUACAAUCUUCUAGCGAAAUUUUUUUAAAGAGAAUCGAAAGAAGAGAGAGAAAAAAAAUAGUUUUUUUAGAUUAUUCAGAGACGGAUACAGCGAUCAAUUCGACGAUCAAUUAAAGUGAAUAGAACUUCAAUUCUGAACUUGAGACGCGAGAGUAAGAUGAUGCUUGCAACUGAAUAAUGGGAUGCAAACGGCAAAAACGUAACAAGUUUCACAUCAACAACGAAGUACGAAAUACAGAGAAACAAAAAGAAUUCUGCCUGUUAUUGAUUAUUUGUUUAGAUGAAAUUUCUCAAUAUCUUUUAACUUAAUUCGAUUUUCUUCAUGCAGUGUAAUUCAAUAGGCAAAGAGAAAUAAAAAUGGAAGCAACGUAUAGAAAGAUGAGGGAUAAUGUUUUGUGCGUGUGUGCGUGCAUGAGUGUGCGAGAGAGAGGGAAAGCAAAAGAAGCGAUAAUGAGCGUCAGAUGAAAAAACUAAGAUUGUAUAAUUUUUUUUUAAAUUUAUAUAGAAUAAUUUUGUUUUGUUAUUAUCUAUACUUUUUCUUUAUUAUACAUGGAUAUAAUAUAUGAAUAAUAAUAAUAAUUUAUGACGGAAGGUAUGGACAAAAAGUAUUCAUUUUUAAUUGUUGAAUGUUGAAUGAAAUAUUCGGAUCCAAUUCCCUACCAACCCCUCUUUCAAAGUCGAUGACUUUUGUUAUUAUUAUUUUAUGAUACAUGAAAAAUAUGAAAGUUCCUGAAUACAUGAUUCAAUAGGAUCAUUUUUAAAAUUAAAGGGUUUAUAACAACAACAGUAGAAUUAAAAAAAGACACCAGGUUAAAAUUUCUUUAGAAUCAAAACCUAUUUUUAUUAAAUGAAGUAAUUCUUAAUUUUUUUUUAUUUUAAAUAAUAAACAACUUAGAAAUUUAUCGCUAAUGAAUAAUUUACAAUUACUAAAUAUGAAUUUAAAAUAAAAUUAUAAAUGUAAUGAAUUUAUCAUUACACGUUAUUUGUAAUAGAUGAAUGAAUACACUAAUAUGACCAUUAAGCAUAAUAAUUUAUCUUUAGAAGUUACAAUAUUUUUAAUUAUUUAUUUUGUAGAAAAACUACAUUUAA